AUCAUCUUGUUAUUUGUUUCGUUCGAUGAUCGUGCUUUGAAUCAUUUUGGGCCCACGGGCCCCGAUUCGACGCGUGGCUUUAAAUGUCAUAAAUUCGUGGCGUAGCUGUUUGCAUGUGUAUCCAGUCGACGACCCGUAAUUGUCUUUCUCGAUCAAUUAGUACAAUAAGCUUUCAUAAGUGAAUGAAUCCGAGUUUUCGAUUGUUCGAAGGAUCAUGGAAUCCUUACGAAUUCUGUUUCUCUUUGGUUACGUCAGUUUUAUUGUCGCGUACAUUUCAUCGGUCGAUUAUUUUGACGAAAAAUUAAGGCAGACAAAAAUUGAAAUAGCCAAGCUCUACUUUCGGGACGAACCAUCAGUUCAAAGAAGAGUGUACAAUGUAAAAUGGGACCAAAGAAAAUCUACGUGGUCAGGAAUGAUUUAUAACGAUCGACCUUUUAUACUGAAUAUAUAUGACAAAAUAUUUCUGAUAGAAACAAAUCAUUUCGUAGCAUUUUCUCUCGGUGAUUCAUCUUCUAAUCAUACCUCAUUGCCAGGGAUAAAUCCAUCUCUUAAUAACACUGUUAAAUUCGUAAGGAACAUCGUCUGGAAAGGUGUGUUUUAUCUACUAAUUUGUUAUGAAAGCGGCUCAUGCAAUAUCUACACAUUUGAUAAUUUGCAAUUAAAAUAUCGACAAACUAUUCGUCAUAAGGGACAUCCUAUGGACGCUAGCUUUUUUGUUCGUGCUAAUCGACUUUAUCUUGUAGUAGCCGAUAACAUUGGUCCAUUUUCCGUACCUUCUUUAAUAUAUCAUUGGAGAGGAACGUAUAUGGAUAAAAUAGAGGAAGUGAUGACUAUUGCCGCAAUAUCAGUUACUACGUUUAAACACAAGCAAUCGACCAUCAUAGUAUUCGCACAGUCUAAUAAAGAUAUACCUGGAAUCGGUUCCAUGGUAUAUGAAUUUAAGGAAACCAGCGUGGAUACUAUACAAUUUCUGGAAACGUCCGAUCCGUUUUCUGUUCAUCAUUACAGACACAUAGGAUUUAAUUUUAUUUUGCUAAUAAACAAAAAUAUACCGAGCAGUUUGCAUUGGUGGGAUGGACACGAAUUAUUAACCUGGCAACAGAUUUCAGAAAUAAGAGCACCCAGUUUAGUCCAUAUAGUAAACAUCAAUGAUGAUACUUUUUUCUUUGUAAUAAAUGAUAACAUUUUGCAACUGUACAAGUUUGAGAAUGCAUCGGAUUGUAUCUUAAUAAAUACUAUAAAGCUACCUGCUGGAACCAUAAUUGACAUACAAACUAGAAUCGACAAGUCCACGAUAAUUGUGAUGUUGGUUGUCAUGAACUCAAGUCUAAUUUAUAGAGUCGAAUCGUGGGAGUUACUCAUUGAAGAAAUUCCUUCUGAAUACUCGAAUAAAGCAAGUGAUAUUUUAUCGAAGCACUUGGCAGAAUUAGUUGAAAUAUUGCAACAGAGAAAACAUUUUGUAGAAGAAGCUAAAGCUUUAUGGCCCCUUUUACGGCCAGUGCAUGAGAAUUCAACGAUAUCGGAAUUUUUCGAUUUGCCAAAUUUAAUAUUAGAGUCAGGAAUUGUAAAGAACAUCGACAUCUUUGUAGACGAAGAUAUAAUUGCACCUAGCAAGUUAGAACAGCGUAUAACAAACUUAACUCACGAAAUUGAUAAUGUUUUAUUGUCUAACGAAUAUUUAAUGUUAAAUAACACGAAUUCUUUGAAUGGGAAUAUUAUUGUUGAUGGAGAUGCAUUUAUUGAAGAGCUACAGAUUGAUAAAAUGAUUGUGGAUUUUUUUAAUGAUAUUUAUAUGCAUAAUUCGAACGAAAUGCAAUUUCCUACGUUGAAGAAAAGAAAUAUUAUUAUAAAUAAUCUUAAAGUAGGUUCCAUUUGUGGAAUUCCAUACCAAUAUUGGUCUCUAAUUAACGAUACAUCGAAAAUGAAAAUAAAUCUAAAGAGAGAUGAGAUUGAAUUUUCAAGUAAUACUAUAUAUUUAAAUUCAAGUAUAUCAUUGAAACAUUUAAACGUAAAAAUUUUAAAUGGCACAAUUAUGAAUGAACUUUUUAAGGAAUUAUUUGUCAUUAAUUAUAAUCAAAGAAUCAAAGGAAAGAUCACUUACAACAAUACAUUGCAAAUUCAGAAUUUUACGAUACAAGUAUUAAAUGGGAAGCCAUGGAAUAAUUACAUGAAUGCAAGAACCGAUCAAACAUUUAACAAUUUUACUAUGAGGAAGCUUCGAGUGAAAAAUUUGUAUACUGAUGCGAUAAACGGUGUUUCAGUUUCAGAAGCAGCGAGAAUAUCUAUCGACAAUGUAAUUAAAGGAAGAACGAAAAUUGCGAAAUUACAAGUGACAAAGGAACUUGUAGUUAAUCCACGCUUUAACUUAUUAGAAAGUAAACCAAAUCAAAUUUACUCCAAUGUCACCAUUGACGGUAACUUGAAAAUUGGAACUUUAGAGCUGGACAAAUACACGAGAAUCUUUCUAAACAAUGAAGAAAUAAAUCUGAAAAAUAUUUUCGAUAUUUUUUGGACAAAAUCAACUGAUCAAAUAAUCGAAAACGAUGUCAUUUUUGAAAAUAGUUUAAUUAUAGAUCGUUUGAAUGCGAAAUAUUUAAAUGGAUUUUCUGAAGAAGAAUUUUUGUACACUACUGCAAAGAUUAUUCCAGAAAGUUUUAGACGGCUACAUUUUGAAAAUGUUCAUGUAGAUGAUAUGUUUUUUAUUGAUGGAAAGAACGAUAGUCUUUUCGAAAUCGCCCCAGAAUCCAUCACCAUUCGAGAGAGAUUGCAUCUAAAACACUUACGCGGAAAUCAAUUAUUAACUGAUAUCUUUAAUGGUCUCCUGAUAGCUGAUAUUUUAAGCAGAAAGCAACCACACAUUUUUCCACAAAAUAUGAAUUUCUUAACCGUUAAAGCUAAACAAAUAAACAUAGAUGAACUUGCUUUUCCUUUCUCCUUACAGAACACAAAAAAUGAUAGCAAAGAUCAGAAAACAAAGUUCAUGAAGACUCCAGAAUUUCACGUAGAAAAUCUUAACGUUGAAAAUAUUAACAAUCUCGAAAUAAAAAGACUUUUAUCAUUAAAAAAUAUGAAAACAUCUGAUUUAAAAAAUUUGGUAAUACAUGGUGAUCUAACGAUUAAGAUUGAUUUAAAAAUAAUUCAAAUUGAUGAUCAACCAUCUAUGACUUAUAUAAAGAAUAUAGGUAAAGGAAAUAUCUUGUUUAAUAAUAAUAAUAAUAUCCAAGAAUUAAUUGCACAAAACAUCACAUUAAAAUCUUUGCACAACCAUGACAUGAACAAUUUUUUCGAAAAUUUCCUUUCCAAGUCAAGAAAACAAAAUAUAUCUGGAAGAUUCACUUUUUACAAAAUUACUACUGAUAACAUUAAAACUAGCUUUAUCAAUCAUCAGGACGUCUCCAAAUUGGCAUGGAUUGACAAGCCUUUAUUUCUAAUGAAGAACAUCGAAUUUGAUGAUUUAUUUGUAGAAGGGAAUACUAUAACAAAAACUUUAAACAAACUUAAUGUUAACGAGUUGUACGAGAACAUGCUUGACAUAUCGAUACCAAAAAUUAAUAAUUUAAAAGUAGACGGAAAUAUUUCUUGGGACGUUUCCUUGUCAAGUUCUGCUUUUGUGACAUUGUUAUUCGAAAACGCAGUAACUAAAACUACGUAUCAAAUUAUUCGAAACAGCACAAUUUUUCAGGGAAAUGUAUCAGUAUCGACAAUUACAGGACAAUGUAAAGAAAUUGAUGAAAUACGUAAUAUUAUUGAAGAUACUGUGAUAGAUGAUAAUGACAUUGAAAUAAUUGGUCAAAAAAGUUUUAAAGAGAACCUGCAUAUCGAUGCUAUUUCAGUGACUGAUGAUAUUGAUAUUCCUAUGAUUAAUAAUAUCAGUAUUCUCGAAUUUAAUAAUUCUGUAGUGUGGAAAAAUCAAAAGGAAACGAUAACUGGAAUUAUAACUUUCCUCGAUGAUAUAACAAUGGAUCAAAUUCUUAUCGAUGAUAAUGUUCACGAUGUUCUCUUGAAAGGAGUGGUUCUAACGACUGAUAAAUUACCCAACAUAUAUUUCAAAGAUCUUGUUAUAUUGGAGGAUGUAUAUUUAAAGAGUUUAGAUGAAGUAAAUUUUGAUAAAUUUUUAAAAGAUCGCGUAACCAUCGACAAAGAACACGAGCUACUUGCUAAUAUACAAUUCAAUGACACUGUUGAAAUAAUAGAAAGUACGAACCUAUCAAGAAUUAAUGGAAUUUAUCCUUCUGAUCUGGUUUUGAACAACGGAAAAGAAACACAGGUGAUCAUUGGUUCAAAAAUCUUCGAAGAAAACGUCAUAGUAAAUAACAAUAUCUACGGGCCAAUUAUUAAUCAUGUAAACGUAUCGCUAGAAUACUCCGAUGGUAUACAAAACGACGAAGAUGUAGAAAUCAUCGGAGACUUGAUUUUCGAGUCGGAGGUCAAGGUUCCAGAAAAUGUAUUUGUUUUUAACUUGAUGAAUGGAAUAAAUUUAACCACCAUUUCCUAUAAUUUGCAAAAAGAGAUAAAUCGAACUCUAUACAUGUUCGCUCGGAAUGAAACUAAGAUUGAAAAGAGUAUCAGUCAAUCUGCCUCGAUUUCUGAAAAUCUCGGCAAUAUUUUCUCGUACUUGGAAAUAGAAGAAAAAUUGAAAAUUCAGACACCGAACGUUAAGAAGAUUGAUGUUGUUUAUUACGAACAAAUCACAAAGCUGAAUAUAUUUGGGGAAGAACCAGGAUCUCUUUGCGGACUUCCAGAUAAUUGUUUUUGUACAACCGAAUAUAUGGCUGAAUUUACCAAGAACGACUGUCAUAUUCGAAAAAUAAAUGGUGGUAAAAUAAUACGAAAUUAUCACGAAUUACAUAGCACAUUUGGUAUAAAUGUAAUAUCGAACACCAUAUCAUAUAGCCGUGAAUGUAGUUUAAACAAUAGCAAGAACGAAUUCAUCGCGAUUUCUUGGGCCAAACUUGGAAUGAUCGAUACAGUGGGAACGUUGGCCAGUGUAAAGGAAACACCAUUAGAAAUUCGAGGUUUCAUAAAGGAUGCAAAAUUUUUCACAACACAUGAUAAUGCAGCUUUCAUAGUGUUGGCAGUGUAUUAUGACAUAUUACGCGCAACACAUCACACAGAUUCUGUAAUUUACAAGAUCAAUUUUGAGAAUAAUAAUUUAUCAUUGCAUCAGAACAUAUCCACCGAUGGAGCUUGGACUAUCGAUAUUUUCAAAGCAAAUCAUCGCGAUGUGUAUCUUCUGCUUGGUUGCUUCGGAAAUUCUAAAAAGUCGUAUGUGUAUAAAUUGAAUCCUAUUACCUCCAAAUUUACAAUACUAAGAAGCUUCGAAGGUAAAACGCGUAAUGUAAAAAGUCUCAUCCAGGAACAGGACUGCUUCGUUUUGUUAGAUGAUUUCGAGACGAAUGCGAUAAAUAUCUUUUAUUACGAUCCAAAAUUUGAUAACUUUUACAACUAUCAAAGUCUAUUUCAUGAUUCGCAAAUCAAUGACGUAGAGUGUUUCUACGCAAAUGGUUUCGGUCAAAGUGAUUCCUUUAUCAUCGUCACGACGGAAGACGAUCAGUUUUACGUUUAUGAAUAUAUGUUCGCUGAAAGAUUUCACUUGAAGAUACAUCACCGUAUAGACGAUUUACAAACGAUGGUGCCAUUCUAUCAUUUAGGGAAUUAUUAUAUUUUUACAGGUACGAGCACAAAUAGCACAAUACUAAGAAUCAUAAGACAAGGAUCGAAAUAAAAUUCUUAGUGCACGAAUUUAUUUUUUUAUUAAUUCUUAAUACUUAUGCGAAUUUAUUUGUCGAUAUCUAUGUAUUAUAUUUAUGUAUU